GAUUUUAACACGUUUUUGCUUUAAAGGCCUUCCAUAGAAAGAGAUCUGCGGCGCAGCAUGGACAGAUUGAGCGUUUCUCUGCUGUUGAUUUGGGCGUUCAGAUGUUCAUAUGCAUUUAACAUGGACACAGAACAUUCACUGACAUUUUAUGGCAAACAAGAAGACUUCUUUGGCUACAGCGUUCAUCAGUACCAAUCUGAAAAUGGGAAAGAGAUCAUCGUUGGAGCUCCAUUAAAUAAUUCAACAGAGAGAAUUUACACCUGUCUCACAAAUCUAAGGAACUGUACACCACUGCAGCCAGGUUCAGAGAGUAACAGACCGUUGGAUUUGUCAACUGCUGUGUCGUCUUCUGGUACCACAAGCAUCACUAGUUGCAGUCCAUUUCUUGGACAUGAAUGUAAUGGAAACUCGUAUCUUAAUGGUAUCUGCUACCAGUACAACAGCAGGUUACAGCCGGACUCCAACUUCACCACAGGUUUUCAUGAAUGCACAAAGCAAGAAGUCAAUCUGGUGUUUCUGUUUGAUGGAUCUGAAAGUAUGACAACAGAUCAAUUUAAUUUAAACAAAUAUUUCAUUGUAAAUAUUAUGACAAAACUAUCAAACUCCUCCAUAAAGUUUGCCGCUGUCCAAUUUUCCAAAUUUUUCCGAACUGUGUUUGACUUCAACGACUAUCAGAACAACCUUGCUAAAGAGAAAGUCAUGAAAGAGCCGCACAUGCAUGAAAGUACAAACACGCACGGUGCAAUAAAAUACACAUUAGACAAGCUGUUGAAUAAUGUGUCGUCUGGAGUAAACCCCAAUGCUACAAAAGCCAUGGUGAUAAUAACUGAUGGAGACCCAAGUGAUGUUGAUUAUGAUUAUGUCAUUAAGUCAUGUGAAGAGCAAAAUAUCCUCCGGUACAUGAUUGGGGUCGGAGAUGUUAACCUAUCAAGACUGAAAUUGAUGGCUUCAGAGCCCAAAGACAACAACACCUUCUACAUUGAUAAUUACAAUAGACUCCUGGGACUCCUUGAUGAUCUGCAAAAAAAGAUCUACAAUAUUGAGGGUUCACAUGAAACAAACAAAAGCAACGACCGACAGAAUUUUGAAUCAGAAUUAUCUCAGAGUGGAUUCAGUGUUGUAUAUCACACUACGGACUCUGUGAUUGUGGGUUCGGUGGGAUCUUAUAACUGGCGUGGAGUUCUGUAUGAAGUCAGAGGAUCUGGAUUCAUAGAGACCGAGAUUAAAGAUCCAGCUGUCAAUAAAGACUCAUUCAUGGGUUACUCUGCUGUGAUUGGAAGCAGAGGCAAGGUCUCUCUGCUCAUCUCUGGAGCUCCACGUGCUGAACACAAGGGUAUGGUGACGCUCUUUCACCAAAAUAACAACACAUGGACUGUAAAGAAGAACAUCGUAGGAAUUCAGAUCGGGUCGUAUUUUGGAGCGUCUCUGAGUCUGUUAGACAUUGACUCUGAUGGAGAAUCAGAUUUUCUUCUGGUCGGGGCUCCGCUAUAUUACCGCUCUCAGCCGAGGGGAGAAGGGAGGCUCUACAUCUAUACUUUAUCAGAGAAGUCGUUUCUAAAGAUGAUGAACACGUGCGAGUCAAAUGCAGGCAGAUUUGCUGCGUCUCUAGCAUCACUAAAGGACCUGAAUGGAGACGGGCUGUCAGAUGUGGCGGUCGGAGCACCGCUAGAAGAUGAAGGGACCGGAGUUGUGUACAUCUACCUCGGCGAUAAGAUGCACGGCAUAAACCUGAAAUAUAGUCCUCAGCGGAUCUCAGCGAGGUCAGUUCUGCCGGGUCUGCAGCAGUUUGGAGUCUCUGUGGUGGGUGAGAUGGACAUGAAUGAUGAUAAUCUAACAGAUGUUGUAAUUGGAGCACGCGGAGGAAUCGUUCUGUUGAAAGCUCUUCCUGUGAUGUUUGUAUCUUCACAACUCAGUUUCAGCCCCAGUGAAAUUAGCUUAAAUGACUUUACCUGUUUGAGUGUGGAUUUGUUUCAUGCAUUCACCUUCACUUCAUGUUUCACUGUGUUUGAGCGAACCAGCAGCACAGGUUCACUGAACAAGGAUCUGAACAUCUCUUUGAAUAUUAAUCUGGAUAUUGAAAGAGAAAUUAAUCGAGGAUUCUUCAAGCUGCAGAAUUCAAGUUCCAGGAGUCUUCAGAAUUCCACCCUGCUGGUUUCUAAUGCCUCCUGUUUUAACUUCUCAAUCUUCAUGCCGCGCUGUGUUUUUGACACAGUGACUCCACUGAAGAUUCAAAUGAAUUUCUCACAAACUGAGUUGUCUUCUGAUCAACCAUCAGCUAUUCUAGACAUUCACAGCACGACAGGGAUGUUUGUUGAGGUACCGUUUGAAAGGAGCUGUAACAGUGACAGAUGUGUGCCCGAUUUAAAGCUGAACUUCAGAUUUAUUAAUGAGACCUUACUGGUGGUGAAUCAAGCUUAUUUCAUGGUUCUUAUAACGCUGGCCAACAAAGGAGACAACUCUUAUAACAACAGCAUAGUGCUGCACUACCCAGAGGGCCUGUCACUCUCCAAAUUUGAUGCUGUUAAGAGCCGCACACACAGCAGCUGUGGCGAUCGAGAUGGCGGUGCUAUGAAAAGAACCACCUGCAGUAUCAAUCUACCAGGGUAUCGAACCUAUAAUGAAACUGAGUUUCUAGCAACAUUUCGUGUGACCAAUCGGGACUACGACUGGCCAGAUAUAAUGGACAUGAUCAUCAUUGCCGACAGUGAUAACAAGGGUAACACCACUAAUGCCACAGUGAAGAGGAGUAUAGCGGUUCAGUUCGCAGUUGACUUGGCUAUCAGUCUGGUGAGUGAAUAUUCCGUCACGUAUCUGAAUCUCUCUCUGGAGGACAGAAUGCCAAAAUCUCUCAGCAUCACUUACAAGGUGGAGAAUCUGGGCCUUAAAUCUCUGCCAGUAUCAGUCACACUCCUAUUGGCCUGUUCAAAAACACAUGUGAUGUUCACACCGGAGAGCUUCGGCAUAAACGAGAAUUUGACACAGUGUAAGAUGAUCAAUGAGAAACAGGAUGGUUACUGUGGGAGGUUUCAGUGUGAUGAAAUCCAUCUGGAGACAUCUGCUGAAAUCCAUCUGGAGACAUCUGCAGCUGUUUACUUUACUCUGACGGCACAAGCUGCGCUUCAAAACACAAAGGAGUUUGAGUCGAGAUUUUCCUUUCACGAGUUCAGUUAUGUCUUUAACAUCAUUGCCCAUCUGAACUACAACAGAAGCCGCUACAUCCAGAUGAUGACCGGUUUAAAGGAAAUGUUGUUGUUCUCUUGCACACAGACCACAGUCAGGGUGGAGUUUGUAGUUCUGCCCAGUCGAUUGCUGAUCAUUUGCACGGGUGCUGGAGGCGGACUGAUCUUACUCAUUAUCAUAUUAGUUGUACUGCAGAAGAGUGGUUUCUUUAGGCGCAACCGUCCUGAGGAGUUGCAGACAUAUGGAUAUGUGUUUGAAAGCACACAUGGGUCAUUCUAUGAAAAUGGUGGCUUUCCUGUCCCAGCCCCAACCACCAGGAAAAACACUUAAAAUUGUCAGAUAAUGACACAAAAUAUAUGUAUUUUUUUUAUUGAAGUGUUUUAUUAUUAAUAAGACAUAUGUAAGACAGUUAUAUUGCAAACCAUUUUUUUCUAUAUAUUGUAGAACACGGUCAGUACCAUGAAAUUGGCUUGUCCCUCGGCUCAGGAGUCGUGGUUUAGGGACAUAUUUUGAGUUAAAAAAAAUUAUAUUCUCCCCCUUUAAAUGUCAUAAUACAAAGGGAAGUAGUACAGUUAUUUAGUAGACUACUUUAAAAACUAAAAUAUCAACUAAAUAUUAUUAAUAAUUUACUGGGAAUACCUGUCCCCCAAUUUCAUGUCACUGGUGUUACAAUUUAUAAAAACCACCACUUUGAAAAAAAUCAACAUUCUUGCCAACUUCUUCCUGGGUCUAACAUUCAUUGUAGACAUGGCUGUUUUGAAAAGCACAUAGUGAGUGUGCACUCUCUCCUCAUCUUUUAGCAAUUUGAUAAAUAAUUUGAUAAUUUUAUGCAAGGACUUAAGAUGUGUCACUGGUGUUACUACAGUUUAUAGUAAGGGGAAAGGAAAUGUUAUUAAUAUAAUUUGUCAAAUUGCAUGAUUAAGUGAUUUAUUUACAAUUUAAGAAGUGUAGUUUGAGCUACUGUGGCCGCAAUCUUAGAUAUGACAUUUUGUCUGCAGAUUUGUCACUGGUGUUAUCGUCACUGGUGUUACUGUUGCUGCUUUCAUAAGUAAGCAUUUUAAGGAUAUCAUCAUUCAAUUUUGAUCACUCAACCUCAAUUAUUUCUGAUGUUACAACAAAAAACACAAUGGUAGAAAUAGAAAAAGGUCACACAAUAGAACUUUACGCAUGCCUGUUUAAAGUAAAUUAUUACUAAUCAAAUUUCUUAAUAUUACAUGAACUUUUUCUGUCUUUUAUUAUGUAUGCAAAUAAAAUAGUCAAAAUACAUUCUGGGAAGCUUGAAUUGUCAUCUAAAAUAUAGGUAACAUCAGUGACAAAAAAGCAGCACAAGCUUUUUUAAUGUAGCACAAUAUUUUAGUAAAAAUAUAAAAAUACAUUAAGCUGUCAUUUAAGUUGAUUUAUAAUGUUAAGAGGUUAACUAUUAUCUGACUAUAAGUUUUGGUAUAAAAAAGAAUUCCAUUUUAAAAAGUUGUCUGUUCAAAAACCCACCAUUUUCAUAGAAUGACCCACAUCAAGGUGAACCUCUCAUGCACAACUUAAAAAUAGAGAGGAAACGAUGGAUGAUGGAGAGAAAAGGAGCAGUGGUGGAGAGAUGAACAGCCGUGAUACAGAGAAGAAGAAAGGUGAUAAAGAAGAGUUUGAUAGUAAUGGAGCGAUGCAUGUAAGUGAUGAAGAGCAGUGAUAGAGAGAUAAAGAGCAGUGAUGUAAAGAUGACGAAAACUGAUGAAGAUGAUUAAAAAUGGUCUGACAAAAAAAAAAUUGCUUCUGAAGGUCCAAAUACAGAGGAGCCAUAACAAACAUUCUGAUGAAAUGUGAUGUGUCAUGUAGGGUUUUGUGAUCAGUGCAUAUUUAGUUUAGUUUGCUUUCUUUGAAAUUAACAGAAUUUAGUAUAUUUAGGUUAAGAAUUUGUUUAUUUUCAUCAGUAUAUUUCAAUGUGUAGUGUAUUUGUGCGUGUUUAAUACGUGUGAGUGUCUGUGUGUAUUUUAAUAGCUGCUUUGUGUAAAUAUUUUGCGCUUCAUAUUAAUAUCAGUAUUAACAGUAUUAAUAUCAGAAGUGUCCGUAAUGUAGGUAAUAAUGCAUUAGACAGGUGAUUUAUUAACCUAUUAACACAUUUUUCUUGAUAGCA